AUGGCGCGCGCGGCGGCGGCGGCCGCGGUUCUGGCCCUGGCGCUGCUCGGGGCCGCGGCGCGGGGCGCGGCCGGAGAUGGCGGCGACUUCGACCUGGGCGACGCCCUGGGCGACCCCGACACGAAGCCGACGCCCAAGGCCCCAACGCCCAAGAAGCCAUCAGGAGGCUUCGACCUGGAGGACGCCCUGCCCGGCGAUGGCGGCGAUGGCGGCGGCCGAGGCGCCGCGGGCGAGAAGCCGGGGAACCGGCCCCAGCCGGACCCGAAGCCGCCCGGGACGCACGGAGACUCAGGCGGGAUCUCGGACACCGACCUGGCGGACGCCGCGGGACAGGGAGGAGGCGGAGCCGGGCGACGCGGGAGCGGCCAUGAUGGCGGCGGCGGGGCGGAGCCGGAAGGGUCGCCGCAGGGCCUGGUCCCGGGCGUGGUCGCGGCCGUGGUGGCCGCCGUGGCGGGCGCGGUCUCGAGCUUCGUGGCCUAUCAGAGGCGGCGCCUGUGCUUCCGGGAGGGCGGCUCCGCCCCCGUGUAGAUGACGUCAUGGCCACGCCCACUCAGGCAUCGCUGACGCUGCUCAUUUGCAUACGCGCUCCCCGCCUCCCGCCGCGACGUCACCGGCCCCGCCCCCCGGCGCCCCCUGGAGACGCAAACGCUUCGGCCCCGCCCCCCGCCGCGACGUCACCGCCCGCCAGCCCCGCCCCCUCGCCUCCGCAUCGGUGACGUCGGAGCUGCCGCAGGCCCCGCCCCCCUGACCCCGCUGACGUCGUGGCCUCCCCAGAGACGGAGCCAUCGCGGGCAUCCCCCUGCCUCAGCUCGGACAGGAAGGAGCGGGGCCUGGAGGCCGGGGGCGGGGCCGGAAAUAAAGGCGGGGUUUUGUA